UAGCGUGAGUAGUGCGUCCAGUGCUCGAUCUGGCAAUCUCUGGUACUACCCAUUCGACAAAACGCUUCAUUUGAAUCAGGUUAUGUGUCAGUUUGUUUACAAACACGUUCAGAAAGAUUAGGCAAAAUGAAUAUUCACGUAGCAUUGGACGAACCUUUGACAAGUAAUACUUGCGUGAAACUUAUAAUUGAACUUUUAAAAUAUAUUUUAUAUCAAAAACAACAAAUACCAUUUACAUAUGAUUCGUUAACUCGAAUGCAAACAAACGUGAAAUCAACUGGCAGAAAUUCAUUCUACAUAAAAACCUUAUUAAACUCUUUAAAAUGUACAUCGGAACAGUUGGACUUGCAGUUUCAUCUCACAGGAUGCAAAGUCAAAGAAAUUGCUAUACUUAUUGGUGGUACUAUAAUGUCGCCAAAACUGCAAAUUAGACUGGAAUUUCCACCCGAUAUUCUUAAUAGCGAAGAACACUAUGAAUGUAAACACGCUUCUAGGAAACCUCUGUUAAGCCUAAUGAGGUCAAUGUUUGAAUGUUCUAAAUUUCAAGAUGCAAUAUCUUCGCCAAUACAUCUUACAAACACUUUUGUAUUUAUACAAAAAAGUGAUAGUCAUUCAAUGUCCGAGUUCUUUUUACCUAAGCCGCAAUAUAUACCUCCAACGCAAACUACAAAUUGUUUCUUCAUUAAAUUGCAUCACAAUGAUCAAAUAAAAAGGGAUUGCAAUUGCAUAGAUAUCAUAAAAGUUUACAAUGAUUUAUCCGAAUCUAAUGCCAAUAAAGAUAGGAAUAUUCACCAUUUACAUAAUUCAAACGAGAACGCUACAAACAUUCCAUAUCAAUGGUAUCAAUCCAGAGAAGUAAUUAAAGGAUUCAAAUAUAUAAGAUGACUA